AUGCCCCGACGGUCGAGAUACGAUGACGAUGAAGAGCGUCUCCCCGAAGGCAUGACGCGCGUCGGCUAUGACGCCGACACGGGCGUCUACACAUUCCAAGACGCCGAUGGCUCAUACUGGGAGAGCGCUCCCGGGUCACGAUAUGGCCAGCUGACUCGAGUCGGCCAUGAGCUUGCAGGCGAAGAUGACGAUGCGCAGCCAUUUUUGCCGGGCAAUACGCACGCCAGUCCCCAGGUGUCUUGGAGACACGAGCUCAUGCCCCUUCUCAACUUUGGAGUCAUCAUUGGUGUCGCCCUGCUGCUCCUCUGGUGGUACCUUCACGUAGCCGCAGGCUCCGACGGAGGCAGCGCGCUGAAGUGUCCUGACGGCACAGAGGCAUACACCGUUCAUCAGGGUGACACAUGCUGGGACAUUGGGGAGCAUCAUGGAAGCAGUGUCGACGACAUUCUGAAGCUCAACCCUGAGCUUGAUUGCGACAAGCUGUCUGUUGGGUCGCAGAUCUGUUUGAAGGACUAA